AUGAGGCAUCGAGCGGAGAUCGACGAGGCGCAUUUCCGACUCACAAGACGAAUGGAAAACGGAUCGUACAAAACGGUGUUCUACGACGUUAAAAAAAACCCCGUAUGGGAGGUCGUCUCACCGGGACAGACGAAAGAAACACCACACUUGGAAAUUCAGGAUGAACAGCCCCCGGCACAAGAAGGCGGAGCCGGAGAAAUGGAAGAGGCCCCAGUCGCAGAAGUUGAAGAAACUGGGGGCACCAGACGAUCAUCGAAGCAGGAUGAGUCGGAAGAUGAAGAAGACGACGAGGAUUCGCCAGACGAAUCAGCCGAGGAAGAUCAAGAAAUGGUUGCUAGGCGUAAAAAGCCCUCAAAAGAAGUCAAACCGAGAAAAGCGCCUAAAUUGGAAGAAGCCAUGAACCGUGAGAAUCCUAAGAAAGGCGAUUUCCUAAAGAAACGAAGGGAAGCAGAAGAGAAAAAGAAAAAGAGUGGUGAUGAAAGCGAGGACACAGCAACCAAGAAAAAGAAGACGGAGAACACGAAGAAGGAAAAACCGCCGUCUCACGAUGUCGAAAUACUGGACGAAUCAGUCGGCGAAGUUGAGGAAAGGUCAUCGACACCUACGACUUCAAAGAAAGUUAUCCAAUCGGCUACAUCAAAAUCAAAGGUCACUGAGCCUGAGUCGCCAAAAACCAAAGGAAAGGUCAUAGCAGUGAAACAAGCUGUCCCCAUUGUCAUUUCUGCAUCCACGCCAAAAGAGCGCAAGGACAAACAAAUUCGUGAGAAAGCGAAACGGGAGACGUCGCGUGAAUCGGAGGCAUCGGAAGUAAGUCUACCGAGCACUUCGACAGUCAGUACGAGGUCAUAUACGGAUCCAAAGACAACCCGGUCAAGGACCACAGAACCAAGAAGCCUAGCGGAGGUUUUGGAUAAAGGGAAAAAAGCAAAGAGCGAACCCGUAAAGUCCAAAAAGAAAGGGAAGGAGGCCAUGAAAAUCGACGCACUGGCGAUGGCCACUUAUACCGAACCAGACGGUGACAGUGAACUCGAUUUCUCGGGGGACGAAAUGGAAUUCGAUGACCCGGACAAUGAUAAUAUGACCACGGUCGACGAAAUCGUCGAUGCGUUCGAUGGAGCCGAAAAAGAAUUUGCGCGGAUAAGAACAGCGCCAGUGACAAGAAAAUUUAGAGCGGGUCUCAAGAAAUACCUAAAAGAGAAACGCCGCAGCUUCACCAAACAGAAAUUCGAUGUGGUAUUGGAGUAUGCGCGGAAUGCGGGAAAACUCAUUCAGAAACACCCGAACUUUGCAUACAAGGCCAAGCUGUUCAGACCGACAAGUUCAGACAAGGCGUUGACGACUCCGAACGAAGAUAUCCCAAUGCGAGUGGAAAGGGCAAUCUCGGGAAUGACAAGCCCGUUGGGAUCAACGAGUCACCGGAUUAGCCAGUAUAUCAAUGCAGUUUGA